UGAAUGGACAGCCACGCUACCUACUGUUCACGCCUCCCUCUCUCAUCUCCCUCACUACUGCUUCACCAACGACCCGCUGCAGCUUUAUUGUGGAGUGAUUAACCCGGGCCGAUCGGUGCACCACGCAACUUAAAGGAUCCAUCCGAAGUAAAUCACUGCUCACACCACGGCCCAAGCUUGCCUACCAACCGGGUCCUUAAAUAUCACCACACUACCUGAUUGGGACAUUGUGUCCUUUUUAGCGCAAUGACAGCCAAGCACCGGAAAGCGAAAAACAACCACAAACAUGAAGAUAACAUAUUCAAAAAUGAAGUUAUGGAGACAGAAGUUCGCCCUGGAGGGAAUAACUACACACUUCUAUUGGUUUUAUUUCUGAUUUUUGUGAUUGGAGGUGCCACCGGAGUGUGGUUCUGUUUCCAGCAGCACCAAACUUUAACCUACUUAACAGACAAUCUCAUGGGCAUACAGAUGAAGAUAGUGAAACUACAAUCCUCCCACGAAGAAAUGCGACAAUCUGGCAACAAGCAGCACAUUUCGGACAACGUGGAGGCCCGACUUAAUGCCCUUGAGGAGUCCUAUUCACUGGCCCAGAAGCAGGUGGGUAUGGCUUUAGCUACAGCCGAACAGCUCAAGACAUCAGACCUCCCCGCUCAGGUGCUGUCACUCCACACAGAGAUGAAAACCCGCCUGGCAGAGAUGCAACAAGCCACAGUGUCUCUGGAGCAACUGAGCCAGCUGCAGACCAUGUUGAAAGGAAAGAGUGAGGAGUUUGAAGAUGUUAAAAUGAAGGUGGAGGUUUUAGCCACACUGACUGGUGAGCUAGCCCAGAAGGUCGACAUCUUGACAGGCGGCCUGGAAGAAGCGGAAUCUAAGCUGGAGGAGAAAGUUGGAGAGAUUGCCACACUGAGUGCCACCCUGGAUAGACAGGCUGCUGUGAUGCUCAGACUGAAGGACCAGCUAGACGCCUACCAGACUCAAGUGAAGGCUAGCGUGGUCGAAAUGACUACUGUCAGAGAGUUGUUUGAGCAUGAACAGUCGCAGCGGCUUCAUCAGGCCGGAGUACAGGAGCUUAAUGUGUCUGUGGCAGAAACUAAACCUGACACCAAGCCUCUGGAAAAGACAGAGGGAGAAACAGUUCCUACAACAGAAGAAGAGGCAGAAACCAAAGAGGAAGAGGAAGCUGCAGGAAGUGAAGAAAAAGAAGAAGAAACACCUGUAGAAACUGAAAAAAGAGUAAAAACUGUAGAAACUGAAGAAGAAGCCUUGGGCAGUGAAGAAAAAGUAGAAAAUGUAGAAACUGACAAAGAAGAAGAAGAGGAGGAGGAGGAAGAAGCCUUAGGAACUGAAAAAGUAGAAGACACAGACACUAAAGAAGAGACACCCAUAGCAGCUGGAGAGGAAGAGGAAGAGGUAGCUGCACCUGCUGAAUUAGAAGAAGAAGAGAUUCUUCCUACAGCUGAUGAAAAAGUUACAUCCACCCAAGAGGAAGAAGAGGCAGAGUCUGAUGAGCCAGAAGAACUAAAUACACAAGAUACAGCUCCUGUUGAAAAGGAGGAGUCUGCGACAGAAGAAACUGUUCCCACACAGCAGGCAGAGGCAGUAGAGGAAGAUGAUGCAAAACAAGAGAAGUCUGUUACUGUAUCAGAAGAAGAGAAGGGACACACAACACUGACAGAAGAGGAGGGACACAAUGCUGAAGAGGAGAACCGGAGCGGUGAUGAAGAGGAGGCACCUGAAAGAGAGAAAGGUGAGGAAGACUCAACAGUCCAAGAUGAGAGCCUCAAAGCAAGAGAUGAGGAUGAGACUGUGUUGGAGAAAGAGGAGUCAGAAGAUGAUGAAAGGGAGAAGUCAGAAGAACACGUACCAUCUGGAGAAGAGGAGCAGCUUUGGAAGGCAGUGCUUGAGGCAGAGCAACCAGAUGUAGAGGAAGAAGCGUCAGAAGCAGAGGACGAACAGCAGGAAGCAGCAGAUGAAGAGGAGAGCCAUGGUGCAGAGGACCCACAGGAGGCUGAUGAAGAAGAGGAGUUUUUAGAAUUUGAUGCUUUGCCAGAAGACAAAUAGUGCAUACCACCAGGAAGCAAUUUCAUUCUUUUAUGCUAUGGACCUAUCCAUCAAGAAAAACAGGAGCUUUCUCCGACUACCACCACUGUCUGCAAUAUGACAAAUACUGUUAGAAAGAGUUAUUGAUCGCUGUUGUCGAGGUGCAUUACUCAUUUGCUUUCUGAAAGGCACACCUAAUCGAAAAUUCAGUCAACAUGCAGAGAUGAAACCUGUACCUCAAAAUCUAACAUGGCUCGUUUUUGUAAGGAAAUGAGUCAUUCAGGGGUUACCUGCCAAUAACAGUCUCACAAGCCUUAACCCAUCAAAUGAUUAUGUUUUUUUUUUAAGAAAAGAAAUUCCACUUGUCAUAACAAUUUCCACUGUUUUCUACCAAGCUGUUAAUGAAAUAACAAGAAGUCGGUGCACAAGCUGUGACCUUGAAGCCAUAAGUAAUACCUGUCUUGGUGACAAAGUGUGCUGCUUUUUGUCACUGCCUGAAAUGUAUCAUGAGAAGCAACAAUUACAGUACUGUAAUUCAUUGUGUCCAUGAUGUUGUUUACACAGGAAAAAAAACUACAAGAAAAAUGGUAGAAAAUCAAUAAUAUGCAAUAACUGAAUUAAUAAGAGUGGUUUUUUUUAAGGUAUGGCAAAGUUUAUUAAACUUUUUUUUACUCUUUAAAGA